UGCUGUACAUCACUAAAUUGACCUGUUGACCUCGCAUGUCAGAUGGGAACGACCGUCGUGCUGUAUAAAAACAACGGCUGCUCUCAAUUCCGAACACAAGAGAACACAACAGCCAUUACAGACAUGGGAGGUAGACUGACAAGUGCUUGCAUUGCAGUUCUUUUGCUGCUGGCUCUAGUGUGUGCCUGUGAUGCCUUGAGUGGAUCGAUUGAGCGGAAACCUGGGUGCAGAGUCAACUACAGCGUCCAUGGUAGAGUGAGCGGCUGGAAGUGGAAGUGGAGAGCUCAGUGCACUGAUUGCACUCAAAUUAGCGAAUCCGCCACGAAAAGUUCCCGCAGCGGCGCCAUUGAACACUGCCUGGAGCAGCUCAUGGCCAAGUUGGCGCGAAUGGGAAAACUGUGAAAGAUGCGCUCGCAGAUGUAGGUGUCGUCUGCUGCUCAUUUGUACGCAGUGAGAAGAUGGGACGUUUGUCAACAUGGACACAUUCUGAGUAAUUAUUAUAAAUAAUAAAACCCUGAUAUACUGCGAAAUAAUGUUUAACUAUUAUUUUUAUUAUUUUACAUGACAUUAUUUGUGAAAGCAAAUAUGACGUGAUAUGACGAAGAAAUUUUUUGUGAUUUAUUUCUCAUUAGUAUACUGUGACGCAGACAUCCAAACACAAUUAAAUUAAGAGCUAUUAUCGAAAAUAAAUGACGCAUCUCGCGGGUUCAUUUUC